GAUCUCUCCCACAGCGCUCACUUCGACGCCUCCAUUUCCGUUCUCGUGCCUGUCAUCGCGUUAAUGAACUACCUCCGCUUCAUUCAGGGCAGACGCUGUUCCUGACCCGACCAUACUCAAUUCUCUUCUCACUGACCUCCUCCUCCAUGACAUCACUUCCCUCCCGCCCCAUCCUCGUCCUCUCCCUCGCCCUCUUCCUCGCCAGCCUCCUUCUCAAAAUAGGGGGCACCCUCUACCUCUCCCGCCUCUCCAGGUCCUACACCUACCUCGGUUCCGACUACCCACAGACAUGGCCCAUCCAUACUCGCAAGCCCGUCCUCAUGUCCUCUGACAACUCCCUUCGCUUCCGCCUCGACUCUCCAGACGGCGCCAACGAAUGGGCCGCCAUCGUACCCCCAAACAACGCCCUCAUCCACCUCGGCCCCCACCGCCAGCCCUUCUCCCUCUCCCUCUUCCACCAGCUGCGCUGCCUCGACGUCAUCCGCGCCGACAUGACCCGCGAUCGCAAUCGCAACGAUACCACUCGCCAGGAAGGCGAUCUCGCGAGGCAUUGUCUCAACUAUAUCAAGCAGAUGGUGCUCUGCCGCGGCGAUCUCCAGCUCGAGCCCUUCCAAUACGCCUCUCACAAAUCUCCCAUUGACCUGUAUGGCGUGUAUCACUGCAACGACUGGGGCGCUGUCUAUGACCAGGUCCACGAGAACCAGCGCGAGUAUGCUGCAUGGAAGGAGGACCAGACUGAGAGCGCGUAGGUCUCGCACAGUUGGAGGAUGAGGUGGUGGUUUAUUGAAAUGUAAUUUAUCGCUACUGUAUUUAUCAUAGUCCUGCAUACAACGUUCCUAGCUAUCAGGUCGACCCUGAUCACCUAACCACAUCCCACUGGCACCAAGUAGUGUCCAUUACCAAAUCUCGCGCUUGGCACCCCUGACAGCCAGCAACCUCGAAACUGCAUAGUCCCCUCCCCAACUCAAACGUUGGUUGAGGAGUUGCCGAACAUAGGUCACUUUUCAGCAAUUUGAACUCGCGAGCCACUCAGUAAUAGUAGUCCAGUACUAUACUAGGCUCGUCCCCAAUCGGCUCAACUAGCUUGUCAUACUUGCCGAUAUGGGUGCUCAAAGACCAUUUCGGCUAGUACAGCUAACUUAUUACGAAGCGCCCGUUCGGCAGUAGUCUCCCUUG